CUACUCGGGCGGAGUUGGUGCGGCGCGCGGCGGCUCUCGGCUAGCAAAGAGAACCUCCAGGCCAACCCGCACCCGAGCGCAGUACAUAACACCACCCACCAAGUCGUGCCGCCCCUCCGCAUGCCCCCGCCCACUGCCGGCGGCAUCAACGAGCCGCAGGAGUGUCCCUACUGCCGGCGGACCUUCUCUUGUUACUAUUCCUUGAAACGACAUUUCCAAGACAAGCACGAGCAGUCGGACACGCUGUACGUGUGCGAGUUCUGCCACCGCCGCUACCGCACCAAGAACUCGCUCACCACGCACAAGAGUCUGCAGCACCGCGGCUCCAGCGGCAUGCUCAAGCGGCUGCUCAAGACCUCCGCGCUGCACGGCGCCCUCGCGCCCGCGCCGCACCACCUCUUCGACCUGGCCGCUGGCGACCAGCUGCCGCCCGGCCUGCAAUGACCGCAGACCAUGGCCUGAACCGCGGUCGCUUACGCCACCCACGUCGCCCACGCUGCUCGCGGUGCCCACGCGCCCGUCUUCCGAUACCCUCGCCUCGCCGCGCCGCGAGGGUCUCUGAAGCGCGCCACUGGACUCGCACAACAAAGGGAUAGCAUAUAUGUGCAAUAUACGGACAAUGCCAAAACUAUGCAGGAUGAUGCCGCAUUCUAAUGAUUAGUUGUGUAUUAUAAAUGUAGUAAAAUAUUGACGUUAGUUGUAAAAUUACAAGAACAGUAUUCGCACUCGGCCGCCGCGCCCGCGCCCCGCGCCCCGCGCCCGGCGCGCCGCCGCGCCAGCUGCCGCCGCGGCCGACAGUGCACGGUGCACGCUGCGACCUGCGACAGACGCGAUGUGCGGUCUUCGCUCUGCGGACGAGUCUCGAGGUUCGGCCAUUUUAUAGAGAAAAUGUUCAGUGUUCAAAAUGACAAUGUAAAUCAGAGCAAUACUAAAGUAUUAAUAUUUCUAGUACUGCCAAAUUUAUGCCAACUGUAUUCUAAAUAAAAAAAAAUACAUUUUUUAAAAACAAAAUUUUCUACGAGUGUCUAGUGUCAAAUUAGAUUCGAUAACUGUACAAAAAUGAACGUACAAAUUUUAAACAGUAAUUUUUAAAAGAGAAGAUUCAAAAGAAAUAUUUUUUAAGAAAACUUUUUUCGGAU